AUGAGUUAUUUCCCAACACUUAGACCAGAAUCAUUUGUAGAGGAAAGGAAAUAAGUCACUCUUCCGUAAACAGAAUAUACAACAAAGUAUACUAGAUCUUCGAGACCAGAAGGAUAUCAAUUUUGGCAUAAAAAGGGAAAAUUAAAUUCUUACUAAAGCAAAGUGUUAAGCACCAAUUACUAAUUACAAUCCCAAUAGAUUCCAGGUCAAUCUAUACUGCUUGGAGGAUGCGGUUAAACUUAAUAAGGCUGCACUCCUUGUGGUUAAUCACCUUGUGGUCCAUCAUAACAAACAGUAGUAAGAUUGGGAGUAGUAUCAAGAGAAGAAAUUGAAGCACCUUGGAGAGACGAAGUGCUCUAUUUAUAAUCUGUUAUUGCAGAAUUAGAGAAGAAGAAGGAGGUGUAAAUAGUUAAGGAGAUGGACAAUACAAGAGUUCAUGAACUAGAGGAUGAGAAUGAAAGAUUGAGAGUUUUAAUUGAAUAGACUCGCAGUGAAGUGAUUACUUAAAGGAUAACGGAAGUCAACAACGAAGCUGAAGUGUGGAAGAGGAAAUUUUAGGAAAUAAAUCAUGAUUAUAGUGAGACUCAAGAGAAAUUGAUGAAUGCUGAAAUUGAAUUAGAAGCUCUGAAAAAGUUGUAACUACGUAGUAGUACAGUCACGAGGUCAGUUGUGAAAAGUUCAGGUUCAACUGUCAGAUAGUCGGUGUCUGGUAUUAAACCAAAUAUUUGA